UGGCGUUCAACCAAAUUGAUUGGUUCAUAAUUCACCCGAAGGGCAAAGAUUCCAUUAUGAGCUGCAUUGGACGACGGGUCACGGGCGAAAUUUAUAUAACAAUCUGUUAGAACUACGUAAUCAGCAAACAAGAGCUGAAUAUUUUGCUGCUGAUAGGGUUUGUGAUCCAUCAGUGCAAUGAAAGUGAAAGAGGUGGCUAUCACAGCCUCUAUAGCCUGGUCUCCAGCAACUUUGCAAUCUCCACGCCUUGCAUGUGCCACUGCUGCUAAACAUGCAGAUCCUACAAGCAAAAAUGCUUUGGUUCAGGUCUAUUCUCUGAAUCUUGGUGAAGAGAACCUGUCUAUGAAACUGGAUGGCUCCAUCAGUGCAGUUACCAAAUUCAAUGAUGUGGUCUGGGGCGUUGGUGGUCAACAAGUGGCUGGUGGAGCUGGUGUAGUGGCGUGUGCUGGGGACAACGGUGGCAUCUACCUAUACAAUGGCAAGCAGCUCAUGUCUGGCAGCAGUGCUUCUCUCAUCAAAGUCAUGGAGGGAAAGCAUGCUGGCCCUGUCUAUGCCCUUGACUUUAAUGUGCACCAGCCAAACUUGUUGGCAUCAGGUUCUCAAGACUGUGAGGUCUUUAUUUGGGAUAUCAACGAUCCAGCCGUACCUAUGAGCCCCGGAACAAAAGCCACUCUUGCUUCUGACGUCUCCAGUGUUGCAUGGAACAGACAAGUGGAGCACAUCCUGGCAUGCGCAUAUGCGGGCCGCUGUGUUGUUUUUGAUUUGCGUAAAAGUACAAGCAUCGUACAGAUCUCGGAUGCUGUCUCCCGUAUGAAGGCGAGCACUGUGUGCUGGCAUCCUUCUGUUGCCACUCAGAUGGUUAUUGCAUCUGAAGAUGAUCUGACGCCUGUCUGCCAAGUGUGGGAUUUGAGAUUUGCAAGCGCACCUUUAAAGCAAUUUGAUGGUCAUCAACGAGGCGUGCAAAAACUUGACUGGUGCAUGCAGGACCAUGAUAUUAUUUGCUCUGCUGCCAAGGAUAACAGAAUGCUGUGCUGGAGUGCCAGUACGGCUGAGCUGCUGUGUGAGGUGCCAUCGUACAACCAGUGGAGCUUCGACGUGGCCUGGUGUCACCGCGACCCCGCACUCGUCGCCUCUGCCACCGUCGAUGGCACAGUCAGCGUCUUCUCUCUGCUGGGGGGCGGCUACCCUCCUGCGCGCGAUGUCAAGUUCUCGGCGAUUGCUGACAGUUUCCCUGGUAUGGAGAUGCCGUCUGAAGCGCCUGUUUCAGUGCAGCCUCAGACCGUCUAUUUGGCGCGUCCUCCUGCCUUCUUCCCUUCUAAGAGCGGCUGUUCCUUUGGGUUUGGCGGGCAACUGUUGAGCUGGAAUGCAGGCUCUGGUGUUGUGACCAUCAGCCAGGUGGUGACAGAGCCUGACCUCGUGCAGCGCGGCAACGACCUCCUCGCGGCGCUCGGUGGCGCCGGCGUCCAUCAGUUCUGUGCUGAAAAGCUCGCCGACCUCACGGACGAUCACGAGAGAGAAUUAUGGGAAUUCAUCAGCGCGGGCCUCGCUGGAGAGGCGGCUGCUGUCCAGUACCUCAGCCUGCUGGGCUACCCUGCGCCUCUCGCUCUCAAUGAGGACCCCAGCAGCGCUCUCAGCGCCCAGAUGGGCGCACUCAAUACUGCUCAGGAAGGCAGCACAGGAUCGUUGGACCCGAGUGAACAGUUUGAGAUGAUAGCUUCAGCGCAGUCGUCGGAUAAAACUCCCGAACCUGAGCUGCUUGAUCCAGACUCGCCGGGGCCUGAGGGUCGUCACGUGGUCGUGUCUCCGGACGGUGCUGGAGGAGCCAUACGACGAGCCAUCAUCACAGGGCAGCUAGACGAGGCCGUGGACUUGUGCCUCCAAGACUCGAAAUACACAUUAGCCCUCAUACUGUCUCAGCACGCCAGCCCCGAACUGUAUCAAAAGACACGCGACCGCGUGCUGUGCCUGGAGAGCGACAGCGAUGCGCUGUGUGGCGUGACGGCAGCCGUGGUGAAGACGGACCUGGACGCCGUAGUGGCUCAGUGCUCCCUCGACAACUGGAAGGAGGUCGUCGUGACGGUCAUCAACCACGCGCCUGCUGAGCUCAGGCCGCAGCUCUUGCAGCGUCUUGGUAGCCGCCUAGAAUUCAGCAAUGAGCUUCAAAAUGCGCUUCUGUGCUACCUGGUCGCCGGCGCUCUGGAUAAUUUUGUUCAGUGUUGGGUCAAAACCAAGCCAGUGGGAUCUGCUCUCUCCACGCAACAUCUACAGGAUCUGGUGGAAGUGGUGCUGGUGGUGCAGCAGAGCGGCGCAGCGCUGUCUACAGACGGAGACGCUGGCGCAGCGGUGGGUCAGUUCCUGGCGCAGUACGCCAGUCUUCUGGCCACUCAGGGCGCCCUACAAACUGCCCUCUGCUACCUUGCCAGCAGCGCCUCUCUUGAUAGUCAGGCUGAGCUGGUUGCGCUACGCACUCGCCUGGAGCGCGCCCUUGGUUACAGCGACGCUGGCAACAGCCACUCCAGCGCUUCCCGCACGCGCACGACGUCUACGUCGUCCCUGCAGCCAACGUACCGUCGUGCGUCUGCUCCCUCUGCUGCGUUCCAGGCUUCGUAUGAGCUGAGUUCAGGACCGCUGGUGCCCCCGCAGUUCACUCCGUCGGUUCAGGCCCGUCAGGCGUCGGCCUUCAACGCCCCGCCACCUACCGCAGCGCCCGCCGCCCCGCCCGCCAUCAGCAGCGGCCAACCAAGCGCUUUCUACCAGCCCGCGCAGCAGCCGCAGACCUUCGCCCCGCCGCCGCCUGCGACCGGCGGCCACCAGUACGGCGGCUACCAGGCGCACCCUCCGCCCCCCGCCGCCGCUGCCCUCCCCCCACCCGCGCCUCCUGCCGCCUCUGUCACUGCACCUGGAGGCCUAAGGAGACCAGGCGCUGGCGCCCGCUACGUCUCAACCGCCGUCAACUCAACCCCAGCUUACCAAAACAACCCCGCGGCCUUCCAACCCACACCUGCAUUCCAACCUCCCUCUGCUGCUGCUCCAUUCCAACCCGUACCCUCUCAACCAUUCCAACCCGUAACCUCUCAACCUUUCCAACCCAUCCCUACUUCGUCUUCUUUCUUGGACCCUAACCCCUCUUACCCCUCCUCUCUAGUCCCUGCCCCUCCUCCCCACGCAGCAGGGGACCCUAUACCCUACGGGGUUGACGCGGCAGCCCAACCAACCGAACCCCCCAAGCCACCCGCCGCCUACAACCCAACCGUGCCGCGCGGUUGGAACGACCCGCCUCCCAUGUCAGCCUCCAGGCGGGAGGGCGGAAGUUUACUUACGCUGCCGCCAGGUGUCGCUGAGCACUCCGGUGCCAGACGCCUGCACAACCUCAAGGCAAAGCAGCAGCAGCAGCAGCCGCCGCCGCAGAGCAGCCCUGCGCCCAGCAUGAUGGUGCCCGCUCAAGCGACGCCUCCACCUCCCGCCACGGGAUUCCAGGGCUUUCAAGGUUUCGCGCCCCAGGGCCCCCCUAGCGGGUUUGGUGCCCCUCCUCCCUCCUCGUCGCAAGGAAUGAACGCUCAGCAGAGCACAAGUCCUCUUCUGCCCCCAGUGGCGCCUCUGCCUCUUCCUGCUGAGGCUCAGGGCAUCUAUAACGUCCUCAACGGCCUCUAUACUCGGGGAUUGGCGGCAGCUCCCAACAUGAUGAUUCGCCAGACGUACGAUAGUGUUGGGCCCAAGUUAGAGAUCCUCUACGAGAAGCUACGAAGUAGACAGGUUGGCGCAACAACGAUGCAGGGAUUGCAUUCUUUGUGUUCUUGCGUCGAGGCCGGCGAUUAUCAUCAAGCUCUGCAGGCGCACUCGCAAACAGUCUCGGCGGGCAACUUUGCAGAGAUGUCACCGUUCAUGCCGGCUGUAAAGAAGCUCUUGACCACCAGCAUGCAGUGCCAGAUCUUCCUCAACUGAAGCUUUCUCAUCGCGCCUUUGUUCUACAAUAUUUCUUAGUGCUGUGGCUACCAGCACCGCGGUUUAGGCUAUGAUUGACUGCAUCGCUUUCUCCCUACGCUUCUCGCUGGAAGAUUGUCGCCCACGCAAAACUGCGCAGUGUUUCAUUUUUUCAACUUUCAUCUUGCGUUUCAGUUCAUGCUGAACUUCAAAAAAAUGUUGUUCUAGGCUUAAUCUCCAACCUGCCUUAGAUCAGUUUAAAAAAAAUAUAGUUUCAAAAAAUCUCUUUUUGAGGUCUCUUUGUAACGUAUCGUAAUGACUUAUUAUUAGCCUUUUUGGAAGUAGUACUUUCACCUAUUGGGAUGUCUUAUAUCUAUGUUCUAAUGCA